AUGGACACAGAGUUUUAAAAAAAGCUGAUUCCAAAAGUGUAAAGUAGAGAAGAUAUAUUAAAUAACUAUUCUAAAGAAAUCAACAUAAAACUCGAUAUAAUAUAGGCCUAAAAUAGUGAUAAUUUUAUUUUAUUAAAACAGGAAUCUUAUAAAAAUUCUAUACAUGCUUUUCUAUACGAAAAUAAAGUUUAUGAUUGCUUACCAAAAAACUCAUAAGUAGUAGUUAUAGAUAAAAAUUUUUCUUGUGCCGAAGCCAUGAAUUUAGUUAUAAAAAAUGACUUUGAAGAAGCUAUUAUUUGGAAUUAGGAUACAUCGUAGUUUGAUGGAAUUAUUACUUAUUCUGAUAUUGUCAAUAUUAUUUUGAAAAGCUAUAAAAACGUCGCUCUAGGCUAAAUUCCUUUAAGCGAUAGCUAAAGAUAAACACAAGGAUUUGAUAAGCUUCAAGAGGAAUUCAAAAAGUUUAAUGAAGAUGAUUAAAUGGCCGAUGAUAAUGAUGUGGGAGUUUAUAGUAAGAAUGAAAAUGAAAUGGAGGACGAAGACAUUAAAUUAAAUAAUAACAAAACAUCUAUUCCUAUGAAUCAAAGCAUAAAGCUUAAAGGGUAAGAGUAAGAGUUUCAUGCAGAAAACUACCCCUUUAAUGAAGAUUAGAAACAAAUUUUUCUUUCAGAUUUACAAAAACUUUCUGUAAGAGGGUGGUUUAGAAUACUUAAUCAAGAUGAGUAUGAAAGUAAGGAACUCAUAUCUGUGACUUUAGAAGCGAAACUUUAAGAAGCUUGCUCAAAAAUGAUAGAACAUAAAAUACACAGAAUCCUCGUUAUAGAUUAGGAAAGUUAGUUAGUUGUAGGUAUCCUGACAUAUAAAGAUAUUUUGCUCUUUUUAAUUAGAAAUCUAACGUAAGAUUUCCAAGGUGAUGAAAAAGAUGAUUAAUACGAUAUUCCUAUUUCUUACGCUAUGGAUUAACUUUGCAUAUAAGAAGUUUUAUCAUGUAAUCAUCUUGACACUACAUAUAACGCCUUUGAUGUUAUGAUGAAUAAAUGGAAGGUAUCAUCUGUACCUAUUGUGGGUGAAAAUAAUGCAUAUAUGGGACUAAUACAUCGCAGAGAUAUAGUUUUUAUUUGGAAAACUUAAAAUUUUGGAAUUUUAAGUAGACCUGUACAUGAAUUCAUGGUUUUCUUAAAAGAAUAAAAGUAAAAAUAUAAAUUGAUGAGCUUAGAAGUGAAUGAAUUUUUUGAACCAAAUGAUUGCGUUCGAAAGGUUGUGGAAAAUUUAUUUUUAGCUUAAGGAAAUAGAUUGGUUUCGAUUAAUAAAUAAACAUAAUAACUUGAUAAAUUUAUAACUUUAAGUGAUAUAUUCUAGUAUUACUUGCAAGAUAAUUGA